AGCGCCUGCGUAAUAAAGCUCUCCCCAUGUGACGAAUCCAAGACCGACGGAUUUUCUACGCAUGAGCAACAAAUUCAAAGAUGGCGAUGAUUGGCAAAGCAAUGCUUGUCCCUCUGUGUCCCAUCCGUCAGUAUCUUCGUAGAGGCUACAGUGCUGGCCCAGCUUUUCAAUACAUACUUGUGGAGAGGAAAGGGCAACAUCACAAUGUUGGUCUGAUCCGUCUGAACCGACCAAAGGCUUUGAAUGCAUUGUGUGAUGGAUUGAUGACAGAGCUCAAUCAGGCUUUGGACACUUUUGAGGAAGACCCAAACAUUGGUGCCAUUGUUAUUACUGGUAGUGAAAAGGCAUUUGCUGCUGGAGCAGAUAUAAAAGAAAUGCAGAACAGGACUUUCCAAGAGUGUUAUCGUGGUAACUUCCUCUCUCAUUGGAACCAUGUGUCCUUUGUCAAGAAGCCAGUUAUUGCUGCUGUUAAUGGCUAUGCGCUUGGAGGAGGCUGUGAGCUUGCCAUGAUGUGUGACAUCAUAUAUGCUGGAGAGAAGGCACAAUUUGGUCAACCAGAAAUACUGCUAGGUACUAUCCCAGGUGCAGGUGGAACUCAGAGACUUACAAGGGCUGUUGGCAAGUCCUUGGCAAUGGAAAUGGUACUAAGUGGUGACCGCAUCUCUGCUCAGGAAGCCCAACAAGCAGGGCUUGUGAGCAAAGUGCACCCUGUGGAUAGCGUAGUAGAUCAGGCCAUUAUCUGUGGGGAGAAGAUUUCUAGAAACUCCAAGCUGAUUGUGUCAAUCGCAAAGGAGGCUGUCAGUGGAGCUUUUGAGCUGUCUUUGGCAGAAGGCAACAGGCUGGAGAAAAGGCUGUUUCAUUCAACAUUUGCUACAGAUGACCGUAAAGAAGGAAUGACAGCCUUUGUGGAGAAAAGAAAAGCAAACUUCACAGAUAAAUAAAAAAUCAGCUGAUCUCUGUUUCUACAACUGAGCAUGCAGAUAUAUCGGUAAUUAAAUAUUUAUAGCAAAUAACUGGAUAAUUCACCUAAAAAUGUUCACAAUACUUUUUUCAUUAAAAGAAGCAAUGCUCAUACAA